UGUGGUUAGGACCAGUCUUGCCUCAGAUGUGUCACUGUAACGUUAGCUUACUCUAGCUAAUUUUGAUAUAAUUUAACCUAUCCUCACAUUUGCUGUAUGAGCUUGCAUCUAAUAGGACGUUUCAGGAAACGCAACAACGCAUUUCUGCAUGCUGACUAUGGAUAUCGCCACACUGAACGAACGUUAGCUAAAAGUUUCUUCCAUCGUUUAGCGUGAGCUAUCUCGUAGGGUAAAUAGCGGUACUGAGCUAAGUGGCUAAGUAGUAUGCUAGUUAGUUAGCAUGGUGAAAUUGUUUUGAUCGCUAAAGACCUCCAUAGGUAUACAAGUCGCGUAACCAACGUUGAAUUUGGCACAUUGAAAAUUGUUUUGCGAAAAUAUUAAAAUUGGGACUGUGUCCGGUUGCAGCUGGAAUCAACUGGUCAUACUGGCUAGCUAAUUCCACACACUGUAUGUAAACAUGGACGUGUCCCAGCAAAAGUCACAUUUUUCAAUAUAACAUCGGCGAGAUGGAAGCAUGUAUGAAGUUUAUUUCCCGAGAGGGACUGCGUGGGGCACGUGAGCUUACAUUUUUAGCUUGUUCAAGUUUUCUGCCUCUCCGAGCAGUGAAGGGUUCAAGAUCACCUUUCAGAUGUCCUCCUAAUUCUCAUCACUGCACGUCAGCAACGACGAGAAGUCAUGGGGGUCAUAUACACAGACAUUUAACAUUGUUACAGAAGUCACGUUUCAACUCUGUGUCGUGUCGCUCUAAAGUGUCAGAGGCUUCCCUAUCCAGUGUUGCUCCCGUUUUUGUUGUGAUGAGAUUUGAAAAAAAUGGGAACGUCACCUCCUCCGAGAAGAAGAAGACGGAGCUGUAUCAGGAACUGGGUUUACAGGCCCGAGACCUGAGGUUCCAGCACCAGACUAGCAUCACCACACGCAACAACAUCAUCAUCCUGCAGAUGGAGUCUCUGAAGGCCAUAGUGACGCCUGAAUGCCUGCUGGUGUUGGACUUCAGAGGCUUCGGGCUGGAUAAGUGGCUGGUGCUGGAGCUGGGCCCACAGCUGGCAGGAGAAGGGACUCUGGUGACCUACUCCUUACCCUUCGAGUUCAGAGCUUUGGAGGCCCUCUUGCAGCACAGGGUGAACACUCUGCAGGCCAGGCUGAACGAGAUGCACCCUCAGAUCAUGGACUCUCUUGAAUCUCUGGUGGAUCCAAAAAUCUUGUCUGCCGACCGCAGUAAGCUGCACAUGCUUCUGCUCAACAGCAAGGGUCUUUCAGAGUUGGAAACCGACGUCAAAGUGUUCAAGGAAAGCCUGCUAAAGAUCCUGGAUGAAGAUGAGCUCAUCGAAGAGAUGUGUCUGACCAAAUGGACAGACCCCCGUGUGUUUGAAGAGAGCAGUCUGGGCAUUGACCACGCAGAAGAGAUGGAACUGCUGUUGGAGAACUACUUACUGCAGGCGGAGGAGCUGGGCAACAACACUCGGGAGCUGAAAGGCCUGAUUGAUGACUCAGAGAGCGUCAUCUUCAUUAACCUGGACAGUCACCGAAAUGUGAUGAUGCGGCUGAACCUGCAGCUGACGAUGGGCACCUUCUCCCUGUCCCUGUUUGGCCUGAUCGGGGUUGCCUUUGGGAUGAACUUGGAGUCCAACUUAGAAGAGGACCCACGCGUGUUCUGGCUGGUGACGGGGAUCAUGUUCCUGGGCAGUGGGCUGAUCUGGAGGCGGCUCCUCUCCUUCCUGGGGCGACACUUGGAGCCGUCCUCUCCACCCCCUAUCCCCCCAGUAUGGAAAAAGGGCCACAUCGCCUCCGCCAGAGGGACAGACAUCAAAGGAGGAGUCAGAUGAUGGUGAUGAUGAUGGUGAUACUGAUGAUGAUGAUGGUGAUGAAAGCACAAACCAAAUACUGGUGGAUUGGUGAAUCAUGCUGAGGAGUAAAGAUGAGGCAAAAGAAGAAACAGACUGUUUUUCAUUCAUGUUAUUGAAGUUCAGAUGUUGAGCAGAAGCAGACUGUUUUUCAUUCAGAUGUUGAACUUGCAUUUGAAAUGUUAAUUUCACAAUGCAAGUUUGUGGUGUGAGUUUUUGUAUUUCUUCCUGUAAUCAUACAGUUCAUGUCAUACACCCUGUUGCUGUUUCCUCAUCCUGAAGAGUUGAUGCAGAGCAGUGCAGAGGUGUAGGAAUAGACUUUGCCAAAUUGUAUUGUUUAAUCACAGUGACAGACCACUGGAUAUUGUGAUAAAUAUAGAUGCCUCUUUAUAACAUUACAUCAAGAUAGGAGGACCUAACAUUGCCUUUGUGCUCAUAUGCCUAAGACAUACAAUUCCUGCACUUUCAUUUUUUUUCUGUAUGCAUAAGUGUAAGAUGGUGUUUUAAAAACGUGUUUUAGCUGUUUUAUAACCACCAGAACGAGAGACUGUGAUCAUGUUAUCCCACUAAUCAUAUUUUGACUGUUGUAUCAUACAAUAAAACGUACGUCACAUACACCGUUCUAAAGAUA